UAAUUAUUCCUUUUUUAUUAAUCAUCAUAAAACAUUUAAUUCGCUUAUAAUAAGGCACGUUAAUAAAUAAACUUAUAUCGACAAGGAAGUAAACAAAUAUAAAUUUUAAAUUUACCGCCAGAACCACAGCGUACGUAAAAUGUUUUCAUUUUUCGUCUUUCCAUUUAAUUAUGGCGGACGUUCGUGUAACAACGUAUUAUCUCAAUUUAUUUGUAAAUAAGUGAAUAUUUCGAUCUUGAUGUAAAUUUUUCCUAUCGAGUGUGCCGCAAGGGGUCGGUCGGGGCGGGCGGAAGAAGCUAUGGCAGAAAACAGAAGCUCGGACAACGUCGUGAUGCCGGACAUUAUCAAAGUAUCCGAAGCCGACGCAUUGGCGGCCGCGGCCGAGCACGAGUCCGACCGAUCUGAUGGCGGGCAAGUUUUGGCGAGAAGGGUCAAGACCCCCAGGCUAUCCAAUGAUUCAAAUGGGGUUGUUACGGUGCCGGUGUCUUUACCCGUCGGCACUCUUAUCACAGGAACUACAUUCAAUGUGAUAACAUCAGAUCAGCUACCUCACUUUAAGCCUAUGCUGUGUGUAGAUAACGGUUUUAUAUCUGGAGGGCCUGUUAGUGAAGAUAUAAAACCGACACAUAUUGUGAUACAAAAUCCUCCUUCGCCCGCGCCUUCGACGCAUGAAGACGCAGGCACUCCUUCUGCGCCUGCUGCUCAGCGUGCCGCCAAUGCCCGUUCAUGGACUGAGACUGCAAAUAUGCCGAUCCUACCGGUACGCUGUAAGAACAUAUCGGCGGAGCUUCAUAAACAGAGGUUUGGCUCUGGAGGACGAGGAAGAUGCAUUAAGUAUGGAUUAGAAUGGUACACCCCUAGUGAAUUUGAGGCACUGUGUGGUAGAGCUUCAAGUAAGGACUGGAAGAGAUCUAUUAGAUUUGGUGGUAGAAGUAUUCAAGCCCUAAUAGAUGAGGGCAUACUCACUCCACAUGCUACAAGUUGUACAUGUGGAGCAUGCUGCGAUGAUCAGUCUGCUAUGGGACCUAUAAGACUAUUCACUCCAGUCAAAAGGAAACGAAAGACGCACCAAGACAACGAAGAGAAGAAGCCCAAGAUGAAACAGGAGGGCAGCAUUGGUGAGAGCGAAGUGGACAACAUCCAUCAGACGAGCAACAACAGUCAUUCUAAGGAAGCAUGGCAGUCAAUAGCUGAAGGUCUUGAUGGCAAUGCUGAUUACCAACUCUUGGAUAAUACUGAUGUCAACACGGACCAUACAGGAUAUUGUGACGUUGCAGUGUUGCCCGAUUUGGCUGGUGUGAUGAAGCGACUGGACAACAUCGGGCAGACGCUAGUUCGGCUAGCGGGCGAAUUGAAGCAGUGCGUGGAAGAGGUGCGCAUAGUGAGCGCGCGGCAUAUCGAGCGGCUCGAGCAGGAGCGAGCGUCCGCGUUACUCGCCGCUAGCGUGGACGCGCACGUGGAUGCGGAACAAGUGUCGCUACAGAACGUGGACGACGCGGAGGCUAAGAAGUGUGCGAACUGCAAUCGCGAAGCGUCCGCAGAAUGUUCACUAUGCCGCCGCACGCCAUACUGUUCUACCUACUGUCAGAAGAAAGACUGGGCCACGCACCAGAUCGAAUGCCUACGUAUUGUGCCGGCCGUGCACGCAGACUCGCAACAGCACCAGUCCAUCAUGCUUAUAGUGGAGAGCCAGCACCAAUAGUAUAUUGCAAAGUCGGCUGCGCGUAAAGGACAAGACGAGCAAGCUCUUUCAGACAACAGGCGUCACCCAAGGCGAUAACAUCGACUUACGUGCGUAGUAGUCCAGAAACUAGUUUUACCAUUACGUUCCAAAAGUGGUGUCAUUACAUUAUCAUGUGUGAUAGAUUUGAAUGUUUGUUCACUUUUUUUUGUAUGAUGUGAAUAUUUUAAGUUUAUUUGUUUGAUUGUUUCUUCACUGUCCGCGAGACGGUGCUGUUGUUAUUUUAAACUUGUAAAGUUUUAUUUUCUUAGUCUAACUUCAAAAUGACAUAACACCAUAACUAAGUAAGUGCUGUAUCAUUUUUAAGAAAGCUAAAGAGGAAUUACAAAUUUAUUUUUGAAUUUAGACCCAAAAAACAAGAGUUGAUAUGUUUAAAACAAUCAUUGUAUUAUCAAAAACGAUUAAUUCUGAUGUUGCUGAUUCUGUACCCUUGGCACGAACCAAUAUCGAAUCCGAAUAGUUUGCGUGUGCAAAAUGUAAAUGUCAUUUUUUUAUUGUAACUUCAACAGCAGCGCCAUAACGGACGUAACGAGAACUAAAAAUCAGUACACCUUCGACAAUGACAUUUCGCACUCGCAAACUAUUCCAGUUCGAUAUUGGUUCAUGUUAAGGGUACUUAUGUGAGAUGGAGAUUCUUUAUACUUGUGCAGAUCAAAUCCGUUUCCGUCAGAUGGGUUGGAGUGGUAAAAUUUUGGAUGAGUGUAUUGCUGAUAUUUCAAAUAGCUGCUCUGAUAUUUAUAAAGACAAAUGUUCAGACAUACAUUGAAUCUUUAGACUUUGAGAAAACAUUAAAAUUUUACUGUUCGGCAUUCUCUGAAAAAGAUGAUGAUAAUAGUGGUAAAAGUAAAAAUUAUUAAAAAAUAAUUCCCCCUUAGGUCAGAGUGGAAAAUUUUUCAAAGAUUCGACUGUACAAGAACAAUUUGCGACUCAAAUUUCCUUCAUAAUUUAUGCGGAAAAUAUGACCCUGUUGCAUGGAGAGAUUGGGUAGAAUUGACUAUUGUGAAAGAUAUAUGUGAUACAUAGACUGGCGAAAAUAUAGACAUUGCAAUAUCAGAUGAAAAUAGGAAGUAAAAUGAGUGUUUUACACCUGUAUUGUUGUAGAAAAGAAAGUGACAGCAAUAAUUUUAAUCAAACUCCAAGACGAAUGACCUAUUUGAGUACUUCCAAAUGAGAAGAGUGCGAUACAAGGAUGGUUAUAUUACAAGAAUGUUGAUGGCUGACUGAAAUGUAGUUAUGGUGUAAUACGAAAAUAAAAUUCCUGUGUGAAUUAUGAUAUUAUUAUUGUGGUAGAAAAAGAUUUGACUGAUGUGAUGACGGCUGAUCGGAAUUAUGUAAAUGAUGGAACAAGAAAGUGAUAAAAUGUAAACCGCUGAUCGUAAAUAAAAUUUUGAAUAGAGCAGCAGGCGAGUGACUCGACAUUAAAUUACGCUUUAUUUAAUAUAAAAUACACUAGAAAUGCACAUAGGGCAAAGGUUAUUACAAAGUCAAAUAUUACCUGAAAGCUGGGUAGUGCCUUAUGUCCUAAUUUGAAUAAAACAACAAAUUUAUGUGUAAUAAAAUGAAUAACAAUUCCAAACAAGUGUUUGGUAAUAACCGAAAUACAUAAUAAUAGCUUUCAACAGAAUGAAUAUAUUUUAAACAUUGUAAAUAUUUUUAAUAUAAUCGAAGGAAAACUCUAUUGAGAACCAAGUGUACAGAUGUCUUAAAUCUCGUUUGAUUCCGCCCUUCAUUUGUGUUUUAAUGUUUGGUUUUUCCGUCCAAACUAGGAACUCGCGAUAAUCAUAAUACAUCAUUUGCGUCCUUAUUAGUCGUCUCCGUAGGACACAUGAAUAUUCUUUUAAAAUUCGCUAAGUAGUUGCAUAAGUUGGUAGUCUUCUACGUUUAGGAGAUAGUUGUACCAACCAAUUAAUUUAUUGGCUCUAGAGUACUCUGUCGAUGCAAUCUAACACAAUGUUUACCUUUUAAAUUCCAAUGGAACUACAGUUACUAUAUAAUAAUCCGCCAAGUUAACAAUUCAAAAUUUAAAGGAAUCUGUUCAAUUCAGGCUUUUACUAGCACUUAGGAAAGUCGAAAACUCUAGUCUACUACCAAGCAAGCUCAUUUUCAAAAUGGAUGUCGAAGAAAGAACAUGUCUUUAAUGUCUUUAUAUUUAAAAAAUCUAGCAGUUUUAAGCUUAAAAUUAAAUAUAUAACAUGUCUUUACUAUCAACAAAAAGAAAGAGAAAACAUAGAUUUUGGAUAGGUACAUCCAUUGUUAAGAGAAUGUACUACAAAAGGUGCAUUUUGUUCGUUCUAUAAUGAGUUACGGGAACACGACAGAAAAAUGUUAAGUUGCACACAAUGUCAGUGAAUAGGGGUGAUGACGGGAUACAGUAAACGAAAUUCUAUUUAGUCCGUCAGUUAGACGAUCAAAAAAUAAUGGACUCGUAUUUUUUCUUUGGCCAAUCAACCAAAAAAUGACAAAGUUAUAGCGCGUCAAAGAUGGCGAGUAGGGGCUCGUGACGUCACUUUUUAGUGAAUUUUCACUUAAAAGUGUACUCAAACGUGACGUCAUGCGACUUUUCAAAUCAAUAUAUUUCUGCAAUGUUUAUAUAAUGUGAAAAAAGAAAAAAAACGUGUCCAAUACUUUUUGAUAACCUACCUGAUAAACGAAGAAAAAAAAAUAGUCAUCAUCCCUAUUCUAUUGAUGAGUUGUUAUCAAAGUUAUCACUCACGGGUACUACAACUCAAAUGAGAGACUGCAUAUCUGGGCUGAAGAAAAACUACUGAUCACAUCGCGCGCUGCUGACCGCGCUGUGGGUAUUACGAAGAUGUUGAGUCGCGUUCGGUAACCCGAGUCGCGUGUUGUUUUGCAGUCGCGGCGACUGCCGACUCGCGGCCGCGUCAUUGGAAUGUGUCAGCGCGCCAUGUGUUCAGUAGUUUUUCUACAGCACUGAUAAGACAGACAUGUUAUUUCUUGGACAUCCAUUUUGAAAAGUGACCUUGUUUGGUAGGUGACCAGUCGCAUACUCAGUUGCUACAAAAUUAGCCACUAGCGGCUUCGGUCGUCCACCACUAGGCGCUUAGUAGAAAUAGAUCUAAAGGCGACUGAUGUGUGCGGCUAAUUGAUGCGAAAGCCAUUGUAUGAAAAUGUAUGGCACCGUUUCCGAAGUCUGCGACGUACGCGUGCGUAAGUCGCAAACGGUAGACGGUGCGUGGCUUCGAUCGGCCGCGAUGCACGGAAGUCAGACUUUACGUUAAAUUUAGAGCCUCUUUAAAAAAACUUAAUCUCAGGGACCAUAACGACAUUACCAGUGUUGCCGGUUUAUUGCAGUUCUUAAAUAGUGAUGUACUACUAUCGGAAAUUAACGCUCAUAAAAUAUAUAGUGUUGUUUUUUAUUGAAAAGAGUUUUAGUAAGCAUUAUCGGAACCGAAUUCCCAUUUAUGAGAAAGUUCGAGCCACAGUGACCGCCCGCCACCUAGUGGCAUGUCUGUGCCUGUAUGUCGUUUCUAUGAUAUAAAAUCAAAAAAUAUAUACAGACUUGAAAAUCCACAAUUUCCAUUCAAAAUUGAAACAUGGAAUAGAUAUUAACUUUUAAUCGGUAUAAGUACAUGUUUUAAACUUAACUCCGCCCGACUUCCAAAUCGUACUAAAUAAAACCCGCCCGUUUUCUUGUGAAUCGGAUAUUAUUUUUUACUUUUUAGUUCCAUUUUCAAUUAUGAAGGCACUUUUAAUUUUUUGUUUAAAAACAUUUAUCAUUCAUUCAAUUUAGUGAAAAGCGCCUACAUAUAGGUACAUAAAAAUCCCUAAAAAGCCGUAUACAAGGUAUCAUGAAAAUUAUAUCGCUCAAAAAUUAAAACUACUGGGCCUGAAUUAAAUUUUAACGGGACCAAAUGGCAACUAUUCUGCAUUGGACAAAAAAGGAAUUACGAAAUCGGAUCAGAGAUCAUAUGUACACAAUACACAAAAAAAAACGGCUACAUUGUGCAACUUUUUAAAGUCAGUUAAAAAAUGUACGUGAGAAUAAAUAGCUUUUGCAAAAUGCUAAAUGAAGAGAGUAAUGAGAGACCUACAGGUACAGAUAUAAAAUUAAUUCAUCUUUAUAUUUAUUAAAUUUCGUUAUAAGUAAAUCAUGAAUACAUAAUUAUUUAUACACUGGGAGAUUAGAAGUUCAUAUUAAGAUAAGCAAAUUAUACUAAUCAGAUGUGAAUUAUCUCAAACGUCAUCAGCAGAUUCGGCAUCUAUAACUAUAGUAAAAGUUAGGUAAUGUCGACAAUAUGAACCAGUCGACUAUUUUUAUUUAAAAUAAAAACGGCGUAUAUUAAUGUACAAGACAUAAAAAAAAAUAUAUAUUGAUAAAGUGUGCUAUCAUUUUUAAAAUAUUGGACAAUAUCGAUAAUAUAAAAAAAUAACCGUCAAAUAAAAAUAAUAAACUUAAAAAACCGGUAUCGUGGGUACAACACUACAUAAUAAAAGCUGGUAUCAUUAUUUGCAAACUUGACAUUUGCAUAUGUCAUUUUUGUCUCCGAGAUUAAAAAACAGACUAUAAUGGCAAAAGUGACCAUCACCUAAACGUGUUAAACUACCAACUUCAUCGACUGCGUGUGAGUAAUAUGGGUUUUUUUGAAUUAUCUAAAAGUAAGUACCGACUUAUUGGCACGACCCCUUUAUAAUAUCUAAAUGACCAAUGGUAUUGUACGGCAAAAUUAGCAGUUACAUUCCGAACUCAUAAUAAAAAAUAAGUGAAUUUUAAGAAAUUUUAUAUAUUAAGUACGAUAACACCACGUUUAUAAACGUCAAAUGUUAAAUAUAUUCGGAACAGGAUGAAAUCCAUAACAAAAGGAAGGGCAGUCCCCUUUUUUGGAAAUCGUUAAAAGUUGAAAAUAUUUGGCACAGGAUGAAAUCCAUGCCAAAAGGAAGGGAAUUCAUUAAAAAAAGAGGAAUCAAAUUACGGGCGAUUUGAGGUCGGGAAGGGUUGAGGAUUGACCUUUUAAGGUUGUUUUAAACGGUUUCUCGCAAUUUAAUUUUUCACAAAAUUUGGUAAAACUUACCUUUUUUGUAACUUUACAUUUUUGCGAUUCAAUAAACAAUAAGGGCGUGUUAAGGACAUAAGAAGGUAAGAUUUCAUCUCGUGAAAAAAUUUUUUUAGUGGGCGAUCAUAAUAUAAAUCCAAAAAGUCGGUUAUUUUGUUUUUCAGAUAUUUUUAGAUUAUGAAGUAAAAAUGUAUUUACAAACAUUGGAGAUCUUUUGAUUAUCUAUAAUUUUGCCGUAUAUUUAUUUUCGAUAGUAGUUGUAGUUUUCCCGAAAAUCGCGAUAAACCUCGAAACUCCUUAAAAGGUCGCCGCUCACCCUUUCCGCCCACAAAUUGCCGGUUAUUUAUAUUUCCUCUUUUUUUAAUGUGUUUCUCCUUCUUUUGGUAUCGGUUUCAUCCUGUUCCGAAGUUUUGCUCUCAUUUAUUAUCGGCCCUGGUCUAGAUAAUGAAUAGGAUGUGAUUACGAGUAUCGUUGACAAACAUGAAAUCUGGAAAAUGUUCUGCAAGAAUUAGUUAAUUUUGUUAAUUCGAACUAAAUCCAUUAGACCAUAAUUUUAAAUUCAUAAAGCCGGUUAUGCGUUAUAUAUAUUAACGCUGACUGACAUACGGCGGCGUAUGCUUUUUUAUUUUUUAUAUUUGUUUUCAAUACUAGAGAUCUUCAUCGUAAGGGAGUUAUUAACUAAUUAAGAAGUUUCAUAUUUCAUCAUAGAUGUGCCUUUGAGACGUAAUAAUCGCUAGCAAGCUCUCUCGCCAUCAGGCAUCAAUUCGUAGUUCGAAGACGACCAAUAAUUGAAAUGUGUAAACCGAAUAGUUGUAUUAAAUAAAAUACUGUUGAACGAGUAAUUUUAACUUUUUCAAGUUAGUGUUUCAAAAUAUUGAUGUGAAAAAGAGAACCGAUUACUCUUAGGUAACAUGUCUUUCCGAUAUUUAAGUAAACAAUUUAUAAGCAAUAACGUACAAUGCAAAAUUUAAUUGAAAUUAAAUAUUAGUCAACUCGAUAGAUCAUUUCAUAAUAUAAAAGCAAGCAAUUUUACAUGUGCCUAUUACGAUAUGUCUGUACAAAAACCAAAAUCUGAAAAUGCACUCUCAAUUUAUUUCUGAUAACGUGGUUUACGUAGUAUCUCAAUUUUUGCAUAUAAAUAUUUAUGGUGAAUUCCAAAGUCAUACCUCGGCGAUGAAUGUAGUUAGGCCAAAGAUGUUUUCCAAAAACUAUAGUGAGAUAUUGCCAGCCUAUCGACAGCAGUUUUCAAAACUGUCUUGUCUGUGGAUAGGUGUUUUUAUGCAAAAGAUAGUUGAGAUCGUUGAGGUGAGGCUCUGCCAACCUCGCAAGAAAUAUAUACAAAUUGUGUAUGUUUAUGUAUGUAAAUAAGAUAAUUCUAAUUACAGAGUAUUCGUGUCCUAGUAAUGAAUUAACGAGAGCGUUGGAGUUUCACUGUUCAAAUAGUUAGAUAAAUUUUAGCAACUUUGAUGAUUUCUUCUCAUAACUUGGAUAGUAAACAGAGAUCAUUAUAUAGAAGAAGUCGUUAUUUUGUUAGAAUUCAUUUAUAUGGAUAAAACAACAUGUGUUUGUCCCAGCACCACCAUACAAUUUUUUUUUGUGUUGCAUAUGCUCAAAACGCCCUUCUUAAUAAAAUCCAAAUGUCUUUUAAGAACUCUUUACUACGCUAUCAAGAGCGAAUCAUAAUUCAAGAUAUCGUUUAUAAAAUAUGUAGUGCCAUAUGUACAGUACAUUUAAGUAAGAACGAUAAUUAGUAUUGCAUUAAAAUCGAAGAAGAUAGACAAAUUUGACAGAAUGUGUCAUCAGAAGGCUGUUAUUGUUUCUUUUUUAUUUUUUUUAUAGUUACUUCCGAUAAAUGACUCCACCCCACCUGAUCUUAAGUGAUGGUGAAGUCCAGCUGAUAGCUUGUACAGCAGUUCUACCUGCCAGACCAGCCAUACUCACCUUGCCGGCCUGCAUGUUGCUUCUUCACGCCUCUUUUAAAUGAUCCCAGGUUGUAAGAAGGAGGGAACACGAGCAGGCAGAGCAUUCAAUUUACGGAUAGUGCGACAAAGAAAUGAGUCACCAAAUUUAUUUGUACGCGUUGGAAUUGUGGCCACAGUUAGACGGUGACACCGAAGGCCAGCGCGCGUGGUCCUCUGAAGGAGAGGGGAAGAGAUUAACAGCAAUAAUAAAAAUCUUCUACUAAGCAGCCUUACCUACGGACAUAAUAAACGGGCCAUGACCUACCACGCGAGCCUAGUACAGAUUGCUGGGUAUUAACGACCGCAGAUACGAGUACAUCAUCAAUCAAGAGUUUUAAGGUUUCAGUCCACUUACACGACUCUUUUCCCACCCGGCAAAACGAAUAUAAUAUAAAUAUGGGCUUUACGUAUUGCUUUUUAGAUAGACUUUACAUUGGCAACAGAAAUUUGCAGAUAGCUCGCUCGCUCUGUAAUUGACGCCUCGCUACCACGCGUUUGCAAGCAAGCAGUCUGAGCGAUGUCCGCGCGUUGAUUAGUAAGGCAUUUUCGCAUUACUGCCAAGUAAUUUGCUGACAGAUAGCUGUCGGCGCGUGUACAGCUGGUGUGUCUACUAGCUGUCACCGCGUGGACUUCCAGCAGUCGCCUUAGUUUUGGGCGAUGUUGGAGCAGAGCAUGUUAGUAGAAUUCGACCUUUACAUGCCGUCCGAAACACGAAGGAGCUAGGUAUAACAUUUUUAUUCACCUAUCUUAUGACCAGCCAUUUCGAAAGUUACUUCACUUUCACGUACGCAGACCGAACCGAAGUGUACCUCUGCGCCAUCGAGCUCCUUAAACGUAUAUGUAUACAAAAAUACCGAUUCUUUGGUAAUCGUGCUUGGAAAUAUUUUUAAUGAGGAAUUCUAUUUUCCUUCAGAGUUUUAAAUUUCUUAUCUUAAUAAACAGUCUUGUACAAAUAAUCGGCUGUGUACAUCAUACAGUCCAUAUGUUCGGACUACUUGGGACUCUUAAAUUAGAUAAGUGGAGCAGUUGGUAACUAGUAUUUAUUAUUAAAAUACGGUACUUACUCGAAGAGAAUAAUUAAUGUUAAAUAAUUUGUCGUGCGUGACACAAUCAAAAUUGUCGAUAAGGUUUGUUUUCGUAAAUAUUUAAUCUUUGCAGUUACCAAUUAAAAUAAAUUAGGUUACGUAAUAACGCACGUUCCGUUACAAAAUAUUAUUUGUAUGUUAUAGCUUUUUGUAAAACUCUUUUCUAUACGUAUAUUUGUAAGUGUAAAUAACUUCUUCCAUUUCCAUGUAUUGGUUUUUGUUUAUUGGAUUACGUACAGGGUUAAAUAUUGUCAAUGUCGAUGCUUGAUCAUGUAUUUGUUUCGUCUGCGCGUGAACGUUUGUUACCAAUACAUAAUUGCUUGUUAUCCAGCUCGAAGGAUCAAAGCCCGAGUUGGAAUGACCUCCGUCGCUAUGGCGAAUACUAUGGACUAUAUUAAUAAUAUGGACCUCAAAAAAGGAUUCAUUUAAAUUAUCGAUUUUUAUUCAUCUGAGUAAAAUUUAUUUUCCUAACAACCGGGGCUUUCAUUAUUCACACACACACAUAGUUAUUAUCUAGCGCUUUUGGUAAUCAUAAUUUCCACUCAAAAAUUAUUUAAUUCGGAAAUUGAAUUGCAUUCAGAUGCAUCGCUGUGUCGCGUUUUUAGUGGCACUGUUAAUAUUAUCCGUAGAAUAUUAAAUUGGUUUCCCCUUCAAAGUGUCAUUCCUGUAAUUUGCCUAUUUGUCUUCCAAGUUUUAUUAUUGCGUACCAAUAGUACUCAAAUCCAUCGAAAUAGACUCGGUGAAUUAGGGGAGAACUGUCACAGACAGAUUUACUAGCGGUUUUAUGAUCCUUUUCCGGAUUAAAUAUAUAUAUUAUAAUGAAAAUAUAUAUGAACGCCUAAAACAAGUAUGUGUACACAUAUGCCAGUUGACUGUAGGUGAUUUUUUAGUAAAUUCUACAUAUAAUGUUUCCGCUAACUUUGGUUUUAUAAAAUUAUCAGUUCUUUAUGAUUAAUUCUUUAUAUUGUUAUUAAUUCCACUUUCAUCGAGAGUUACAUAUUAACAUAUUUAUAAAAAAAGACCUCAUUAUAGUAUAUACAAAAUGAUAAUUAUCAAUUUUACAUUAUAAUAAUAAAGUAGGUGGAAAUAUUUUUAUAAUGAAAAUGGUGUUAGUGGAUUAUUGUAGCGUCUAAUAUAUAGCGCGAAUCAUCACGAAGGCGCGUGUUUUUGUAAAAUAAACUCUAUUGUGUGGUGUUAAGUGCUUCACUGUGCGACAUCAAGCUUUGAACGCACUAUAUCUACAUAAGAUUGUUUCUUUAAUUGGUGAUGUACGAAAAAAUUUGAACGGAAGGAUUUUUAAACAGGUUGCAGUGGGAAAAGCCUGCCAUAAAGGAGAACAACCAGUUUGUAUGGGGGUUUGGUACAGAUACCAAUUUCUUUGUACAGGAGCAAAAUAUAUACCAUUAUUAUGUAUAAUGUAUACUGCCAGUCUUUAAUUGAAUUCAAUAGCUAGUUGGUUUAAUGAGAUAAUUUGAUUAGAAUUUAUUUAAAAAUAAAAAUAUUGUCAAGUUUAAAAAUGUUUUUUUCUGGUGUAAUCUAAAUAAUAACACUAAAUAUCUACAAAGACAUAGCAGUGAAAAAUAUUCAAUAAGCAAGCACGCUAUGAUGCUACAUAUACCUACAAUUAACAUAAGGAUUGAUGACCAGAUGGAGAGUUAAGUUGUUGAUAAUUUUUAUUCAUUCACCAGAUAUUAUUACAAGAAUAUGCUGAAUCACAAAAAAUAAAGUUAAAUGUUUUAAUCACUUUAUUCAUUAAUUUCAUAUUUAUUAUGUUUUCUCUCACAAGUAUAUCGUUUAAAAAUGUGAGCGGAGCAAUUACAUUUUGAUGCCGAGCCAAUCACACAAAUUAUUUUAUCGGUCAUCCGAAUCGUGUUAGCAUUUAGUAAGCAUAUAACAACGUCGUCUGUGUGAUGAACUGAUGACAAGCCAUAUAUACGAAAUAUGACACUCUUGCCUUUCUCAAUAUCUGCAAAUUAAACAGGUGUUCGUUAAUAAAACCCACCUACACUGUUUUAAUGUUUAAUUAAUAAUUUAAAACGCAAUAACUUUAUAGUAUGGUGAUAUAUACCAUCAAUUUAUCAAGAUGAACGUACGUAGUCAAGCCGUUGUUAGUAACAGAGUCCAUAUAACAAGCAGAAAUCAGUGUUGUCUUUUAUCGAAAAUAUAGUUAGCCAGGGGUAACCUAAUUCUAUGUGAUGUCUGUCUGAUGCAAAAAUAAGAUAGGUUUGACUAAUGAGCCCGCUAAAAGUUACUGAGAUCCAUGAACUAUUAAAAUAAUCAUGUAAAAUGCAGCUAUGUACCGAGAAUGAGUAUUCUAGCAUAAUAAUAGAAGGCGUGCCUUUCUACUAGAUCAGCUUUUCUGCCUUGUACAGAUGCUCCUCUCCUUUUCAACUCUGUUUCCAGCUGUAUAGAGACCAUGUUGAAUACACUUUUAGCACUUAUUUAAUAUUUUAAACAAGAAAAAAACACGUUUAAAAUUUGACAGCUGCAAUAUUCGGCUGUGGUUUGGGUCAAGCGUUUACAGCGUCAUCUAUGUCGAGGUUUGCGUAUACUUCUCCAUUGCAAUUGCCAAUGUCAUAUUGACAGGCCUCUGACUAUAGAUAUAUACUGUCAUUAUAAGAUGUCAGGUGACGUCACCAUUUAAAAAAAUGGAAUAGAUAGUCGAUGUUAUAUUUUAUAAAUAAUAUAAUAUUUUUGUCUGAGAUUUGGAGUUAAAAAACUCCAAUUUAGACCUGAUUUUUUUCUUACAAUUUAUUAACGUUGAAAACAUUAGUUAUUUAUGCAAUUUAAGCAGUACUUUUUCAUAAAACAUUCAACUCAUAAUUAGUUGAAUCGAUUGUUUCGAAUAUAAUAGCAAAAUGUGUUUCUUUAUACGCUUAAGUUACGUCCCUUUAAACGUAAAGUUUUUAUACUAUUUUUUGAGUUUCACCACUAGCUAAAAAAAUACUUUUUAUCUUAUAUUACUUAGUCUUUAAUGCUUCAAAUCAUGUCAAAAAAUUUUGUUUGUACAAGAUCAGUACCAAAAUGAUUGUUCUCCUUUAUUGGCAGAUUUUAUUAACACUUCCAAGCAAAUCAUUAUUUUACCACAUCAUCGAAGCAGCGGCUGUUUUUUUUAUAAUAUGACUUCUUAGCUAUUUAAUUGAGGUUAAGAUAAAGCCGAAUCCAACCUGGUGAAAAAUGAUUACGUUUAAAGUUUUGUAGUAAACCGUUAAUUGUGAAUUAUCUUUGCUCUUUUACUCAGUAAAUGCGUACCUUAUAAAGAUGUUGUAAAUAACGGUGUUUAGGUUUAAGAUUGUUUUUAUUGAAGUAAAUUAAGAAGUGUAAAAUAAAUUUGUUCAACG